UGUGACAGACAUCCAGACAACACCGAAUGUGCAGCCUUCGCGCAUCGGGUUUUACAGCGGCGUGCAACCGGACCAGUGCUCUUCCAGCUCGGCUGACGGGAGUAGAAAACGGACAGUUGCUUACCUCCAGCAAAGACAAUGACGACGGGAACAAUUUCUAGCUUGUUUCGAACAGGUCCCAGUGGAGAUGCUUGACAAACUGAUCCAUUCCUGUGACAUCAGCCUGUCUACUGUCCCGGAUGUCAUGGUGAUUCCAAGGAUGCAGCCGUCAAAAAAGGAACAAUAUUCGGUUGUCUAUCGGACGGGACUUCACCGGCCUUUCUAAUUUGAGUUGAACUAUUUAAAGGCAGAGUGCCAAGACAACCCACGCUGGCAAACAGGGGUCCCGUUCUGCUCUGGAAGGCACACAGACUCAGGGAAAUAGGGGCACCUGGCCCUCCGUUUGUCCCCUCUGCCGUGAUCAGCCGUCCGAGCCCUGUGUGUGUGAGGAGAUGAAGUCCAGCAUGCGCCAGUGGAGGAGGCUGGUGUUGAUGGGCAUGUUGGCGUGGGCCCUGCUCUUCCUGGCUCUGCUGUCCUACUUCCUGGAUGCCCGCGUGGACAGCGAGCCCGGUAUGUCCGCAGGCUCGUCGCUCGCGCAGCACCCAGACACCCGGCGGCUGUCCUCCAUCCAAGGCGCCCAACAUCUGCACCGUGGCUCCCUGUCUCAGCCCGCCUACACCGCCUUUAACACAUCAUACCCCGCCCUGGAGCCCAGCCCUGCCUCUACCAGCCCCCCAUCGCCCGGCCUGGAGCUGAGCCAGAGCCCGGACAGUGGCCCAUACAGCAGCCGGGAAGGGGAUGGGGGCAGCCACCAGAGGGCGGACUACCUGGACCCCCAAGCCCUGGCCGCGUGGUCCUCCGUCGGCACGGAGAACGUUGUCUCCCACUCGGACAGGAUGGGGGCCCGCAGCCGCUCGAGAACCGGCCGGGGGCCUGACCGAAUAAUGCGUCAGCACUCCCGCAACGAGGGCGGGGAGGAGGAGGAGCAGACAAACCACAGCCACAAGAGGAGGACCACAGUGGGCGGGCGUGGCAGGGAGCGUGAGGCGCGGGGGAAAGAGGAUUCUUCAUUAGAGUACUACUCCUCCAAGUCGUCCUCAGUUCUGCAGCGCUUGUGGCAGGGCAGCAUGUCCUCUGGGAUGCUCUCCCCACGCCUAAAGCACGCCAUGACUAACUACCUGAACGCCAACAAGCACCGGGUGGCUUACAAGGGCAGCCGGCGGCCCGCUCAGACCCGCGAGCAGCUGCUGUGUGAGCUGAAGGACAAGGCCCGGCUCAGGGUGCUGGACGGCUCAGAGCAGCCGUUCAUGUCGCUGGGCUGGUCCCACCUGGUGCCCCGCGUCAACCUGGAGGGGACAGAGCGGGGACAGAGCAGGUUCAGAACGUGCGCUGUGGUCACCUCCGCCGGGUCCAUUCUGCACUCUGGCCUGGGGAAGGAGAUAGAUUCCCAUGAUGCAGUUCUGCGGUUCAACGCAGCACCUACCGAAGGCUAUGAGAGAGAUGUGGGGAGCAAGACAACCAUCCGAAUCAUCAAUUCACAGAUUCUGGCUGAUCCUAAGCACAGAUUCAACACCAGCUCCCUGUAUAAGAACAUGACUCUGGUGGCCUGGGACCCUGCACCAUACGCUGUCAACCUAGACAAGUGGUACGCCAGCCCGGACUACAACCUGUUCAGUCCGUACGAGGAGCACCGUAAGCACCACCCGGCCCAGCCCUUCUACAUCCUCCACCCCAAAUACGUGUGGCAGCUCUGGGACAUCAUCCAGGGGAACACCAAGGAGACCAUCCAGCCCAACCCGCCCUCCUCAGGGUUCAUAGGCAUUCUCCUGAUGAUGGCGCUGUGUGAAAAGGUUCAUGUGUAUGAGUACAUCCCCUCACUGCGGAAGACCGACCUGUGCCACUACUACGAGCACUACUAUGAUGCGGCGUGUACUCUGGGGGCCUACCACCCACUGCUCUAUGAGAAGAGCCUGGUGCAGCGAAUGAACGUGGGCCAAGAGCUGGACCUGAAGCAGAAGGGCUGCGUCACCCUGCCCGGGUUCAACUCCGUCAACUGUAACCUGUGAACUGUCCACUUGUGAACUCCGGCCUCCAGAAGACGCCACACACAGAACCAUUGUGACCGAAUGGGACUGAGGGAAAACGUGCAAUAAAAACCCUCCGGACUCAUGGAACAGGGGAGAACCCAAGCCAUAGCCCUUCUGUGUGGGAUCUGACUAGUACGGAACAGGUCUAGUUUAACUACAUCGAUGUCGGAUCUUCUGUAGAACGUAGACGGGUCUAGUCUGACUGCAUCUACAUCAGGACUUCAACGGAAUGUAGACAGGUCUAGUCUAAAUACAUCUACGUAGGGGAUUUCAACAGAACGUAGACUGGCAAACUCCGAGUUUAACGUGCCGAAAACUGCCUGAAGUGACUGUAUAUUAAUGUCUCUGCCACUGCUGAGCCGGAAGAGAAGAGCUGUAUGGGGUAGCAAUAGAUCUGUUUUUAUAUAGAUGGAUAUGUUCAGAUGUUGUGAAACGUGGUUUUAUUGACAGCUCUAGUUGCUAUUAUUUCUUGAAAGGACUUAAGCAAGUCCACUGUUUUUCUGUGUGUUUAAAUAGUUGUCAUGGGUGGGUUAGAUAAUAUUUUGAGAAGACGAGCAGUGGUCCGCACUGAAUGUUGAGCCAUGUCCGUACUGAACACAUGCACACGUUUGGAACACCGACGAACUUGGCAAACAAAAGCCACACACUCCUGAAAGUUAACAGUUUUGAUCAAAAUGGACCUCCAUACAACUUCAAAAGAUCCAUCCACAACACACUUUCAUACAUACAGAGACAUGCAUCUCAACACAGACAGGCUGGGACAGUACCUGGACAGUACAAAACCACUCUCACCUCUGUCUUGCCUGUCCAAGAUGGAUGUCAUGUUUUUUCUAUCAUCAGUCUCAACAGUCACGUUUAACUGUAUUUGUCAGUCCUCAAAUGCCAUCAUAUCGUCUUAUUUCAAAGUAUUAUCAGUUGUUUUUGUUGCUGAUUUUGUUCUUGUAAUCAGGGUUUUCAAUGCUGUUGAUGUUUCUGCUGCUGUGCUUUAAGUCCAGUUCACUCACUUCUCCGCUCCCCAAACUGCCCUGGACUUGCCAACUCUUGAACAGAUUGUCAACCUCCCCACUUAGCACUUUAAGAACGGCUUCUGACCGACCACCACUCAAUAAGCAUGUGUGGCUCUGUGUCCGACCAAACCCUGGGAAACCUUUUGGUUGGCCAUUCUUGGGCUUAACCCAGUACAGUAUAGUCCUGGGCUGUAGGAAACAGGAAGGAGACGACUCCUCAGCCUUACACCUGAAUUACCAUUUAUAUCAUCACAUAAGAGUCUACUUGGCCAAGCAAGGGAGCGUGACGAUUGUGGUUAGCGAUGAAAUUAAACCAAUUCUCAGAAAAAUAUAUUCAGGUUGCUUAAAAUGUGGUAACUGGCAGCCACCAGGUUUAGACGUGGGAUUGCGGUUCACAUUAAGUUGUUCACUCGUCCUCUCAAGCUAAAUCAGUGGGCAGGGGGUCCGUUUUUAUGAAUUGGACUGAAUGGUAAUCAUGACUGCAUCCGGUUUCACUGUGGAUGUACCCAAGGGACAGUGACCUGGGUGAUAAAAAAUACAAGAUUGGACUGCAGCCCUGAAAUCAAAGACCAGUGAAUUUAAAUUGUUUUUAGGCUGGGAUUCAUUCAAACCCUCCAUAUGAAUGUUCAAGUGCAGCGUAUCUUGUAGUGGUUAAAGGUAUUCAUGCAGGUUUGACUAAAUUGAUCCCUUGAAGUUGUACAACACUGUAUGUCAAAGCGUUGAUGGUGGUGGCCGGUGAAAUCCCCUGACUGUACAGUGUCCUACACCUUUCUAACCUCUUCUGAAGCAGCUAUAGCUAAUUUAGUUGUUAGCUACCUGAUUACCUACCGCUAAUGUAUGUCAGAUAGGAUUUGAUGGUCCCUGGGACCUGGAUAGGUGUUUUCAGUUCACUUAUGUGACCCUGUAAAUAAGUGCCACUAUUGAAUAAAGAGAGAAGUUGUUUUGCGUCUCCCUCAACACUGUUCAUUUGGAGGGGAGAUUGCUGCAGUCGUAAAUGUUUGCUGAUCUCUAAAGUAGUUCUGCUUUAAGCCUGUCAAUUGCCGGGUCUUUACGUUUUCACUUCCACUGAAUCCUCCAGUAUUUGGUCUGCAUCUUGCCAAGGUGUGAUGCCUGGGUCUGCUUGGCGUGGCAGGGAUUUGAAGCAGUUUUUAUCUCUGGACCAUUUUAAUGGAGCAGCUAUCUCCAGACUCACUUGGUGUCCUGUUUUAAUAGCUCGCUUGUUUAUGGUGACUGAGCCAGACCUGCCUGCAGGGUUUCAGGUAACUAGUUUCAGUACACGUGAGAAUCACAAGUCCCCACAUCAAUAGUGAAACGGGCAAUUUCACUGGUUGCCAAGAGGAAAAAUGCUUCAGGUUUUUGGGAUUAGAGUCAGGUAAAAUUUAGGGUUAGGGAUAAUUAGAUUUUGAAUCUGAAUACUUUUUGUGUUCCCACAAGAAUACAAAUUCACCUAAGGCGUUUGUUGCGUGUUUGUCUACAGAAUCACAAUCUGGCCGUGCUAGAUUGGACAGCAGAUUUUAUGGGACCACUAUCUGGCAACCCUAAAAUGAACUGCGCUUUCUGUGGAUCACUCUCUGCUCCUGCUGGAAUGGAUAGCCGAGUCUAUGUUCCACAAAUCCUCUUAAAACUACUAGGCUUCACCUUUUUUCCAGUUUGACCCAUUUUCCGUAAUGUCCUGCUAGUGACCAUCCCCGGUCCAGGGAAACGUGAAGCGGUUGAUGAAGACGGUCAUAGCAACCUCUAACAACGUAUUUAAGUGUUUGAGCUGAAGGUGUGGCUGCUACGAGGUCAAUGCUUAACCCGGUUUAACUCGUCCUGUCGUAACCAGGGCGACCACGCAGCCAGGAAUUAACAGACAGAACUUCGGAAUAAGUUUUUUGACGAAGUUGUAGGUGUUUGAAAUGUCCGUUGGUGAUUCUGGGCCCAGGUUUUUGUGUGAGAGGGAACUCUGUCUUCUGCAGUGUGGUGAUCCAGAGUCCAGAGCCCGGUCCUGCUGGGCUCCCCGUUGGUUCACAACAACUGUUCAGGUAUCAGCGCACCAGGCACAAUGCACCAUGUCGUUAACGCACGGCCAGAAGUUUCCUCACAGUGUCUAACGACGGCCCAAGGCCGACGUGUCACUGACGUGUCCGAGACAAACGCACAACGGCUCCAGGGAAGCCGUGUGGCCACAACCCCAGAGCCACCGUUCCCAAUGUAUUCACUGAGUUAUCUCCACGUGUUACUGACCUUUUCAAAUCACUGAAUAGACUUGUUUCUCUUGUGAUUGUGACACGUUGAUGCUGUACAAAAUAUGAACCACAUUUGAAAUGGCUUUUGUUUAUUACUGUACAGAGCAUGCCAAUCUAUCCGGAUCUGUGCUAGAGUCUUCAACUCUCCUUGUAAGUGUACUUUACUGUACUUCAUUCUGUUCGACUCAGUCCUCUACUAUUCCUGAGUACUUGACUCGGUAUGUUACUGUUCUGUUCAUGACUACUUGACUGAGUACUUUACUGUUCUUUAUGCAGUAUUUUAUCUGACUACUUGACUGAGUACUUUACUGUUCUUUAUGCAGUAUUUUAUCUGACUACCUGUCUGAGUACUUUACUGUCCUUUAUGCAGUACUUUAUCUGACUACUUGACUGAGUACUUUACUGUUCUUUAUGCAGUACUUUAUCUGACUACUUGACUCAGUGCUUUACUUGACUAUUUUAUACUGUUCAUUACUCCGUGGUUUACCCUUUAUUUACACAGUAAAGUAAAUAAAGUCAGUACAUUAUUGGACUACUUGAUUCUAUGCUUUACUGUGCUUUAUUUAGUUCUUUACUGUUCAUUACCCAGUUCUUUACACUUUACUUUACUGUUCUUGAGUCACUACUUUUCUGUAUUUUACUGUGCAUGAUUCAGGACUUUACUGUUCUUGUCUACUUGAGUCAGUACUUUACUGUACAUUUGCUGUUCAUGAUUCUGCUUGAUUCAGUACUUUACUGUUCUUAAUGAAGUACUUUACUGUACUUGACUCUGUACUGUACUGUUCUUGAGUCAGGACAUUACUGUAUUUGACCCUGCACUUGACUUGGUUCUCUACUGUUCAUUGCUCAGUACUUUACUGUUCAUUGCUCAGUACUUUACUGUCCAUAAAGAGCACCAAGAGAAGUAAAACAGACCAUGCUGGAAAAACAGACACGUUUUAUACGGCCCUUGUGCGAAGUGUUUAUGUUGUGUGCAUAGGCGAAUGUCAUUCAGCAGGAAAUGAGAGCAGCUAUUAUUAGUUUCCUGAAAGCAUGUCUUGAUCAAAGUCAUUGCCUUUGGCGACGGCAGUGAAAUCUCGCUACUGUGCCAAACGCCUUUUUAAAAAUGUUUUUUUUACUGUUUGUGUGAUAUGAUUAGUGGGUAGUGAAAGGGUAUGUUGGAUUGUGUGCUUGUCUUAGCAGUUGUUUUUAAGGUGCUAUAUAAUCUUGGGGGGGGGGUGUUAGAGAAUAAAGUUCAAAAUCUUUCGGGAUAGUGCUUUGUUCAGUACAGAGACAACAAAGAGACCUUUUAGUUUUUGUAGAUCAAUACAUAACAUUCUCAUUCCUCCACACUCUUCUCUCUCACACAGUUUUCUGCACAGAAGAGAUAUAUCAACCCUGAACACAGCCCUCAAAAUGUAAACAUUUUACAGCUAAGUUCAGGUUGUCCUCUGAGCUUUCUGAGAGGGCUUUGAGACAUGUCUAAGAGGAUUGAGAGUGAUGGUGAGAGAGAAUGAUGGAUUCAUGGCCAACAUUUUAGAAAAGCCAAUUUCAUUCUCAGCCUUGGGGUCAAUAUUUUAAACAACCUUGCCGAUUUCUUUAUUACAUUUUAAUAUUUAAGUUGACUGUAUAAAAUCCAAUUUGUUAAUUGUUCUUUUUUUUUUUACCAUGUAAAUAAAGAUGUCGUUCAUGUAUUCAA